ACAUGUAUACUUUCCACAUCCUUCCAGAAGAAUGUGUGCGCUGACCAAUGGAGUCACGUAGUUUUGAUUACAUAUCCCUGUCCUUUAUUUUCAUGCCAUCUCAUUGCCCAAAGCCAGCUGAGUUUAAGCCUCAAUAUAGUGUCUUCAAAUUAAGCAGCAGUCUCUUUUUAGUUGCCCACGAGAACGUCUCAGUCGUGAAUGAAAGAAACGUUAGAACAUCGCAGUUAUUUUUCAAACAGAUCUCCUUAUCGAAGCCAAACAAUUCAACUAUCCCAUCUACGAGCAGACAGAGACGCAGAGUUACAGGAUUUGUGACACCAAUUAAAUUGUCCCAAGUGAAUAAAACAUAAUGCGUUUGAAUUUCACGCUCAUAGUACGGCUCUUAGCAUUGCCUACGUUGUUAUUGCCCUUCUUUUAUAUCACCGGUAUCAUGAAAGUUGAAUUCAACUUCGUCGUAGAACGAACGGUCGGUGCAGCGGGGCAGGACCGAUCCAGCCCACAAAAUAUUUACUCUCCUACGCCAGAAACACAUCAGCAAAAUGGGACUAGCAACACAGAAUCAUUGUCAGUCGAAUACAAUUUGAUGGAAGACACUUAUGGCAGAAAAUGGGACAAGGAUCGAGCAGCUAGUAUGCAUUUAUCAUCUAAUGAUUGUACGAUGGAUUACGCCAAUGCACACAAGUUGCAACAGGAUCAUCCUUGUGUUAUUCAACUGAUUCGACGCGACUACCUACGCCCGCCCGCAUCGAAAAGCCUCGCCUACCAAAUGGAUCAUCCCGAAUCAAUCGAUCCUUCCGACGGACAAUCCAAAGCCAUUUUAAAAAUUUUACAGAACAAACGCCGUGGAUUUUUCAUAGAAGCCGGUGGCUUUGACGGGGAAUUUCUUUCCAAUACUUUAUUCAUGGAACGAUCGCUUCAGUGGAGUGGAUUGCUCAUUGAAGCUGACAAGAAAGCCUAUAGCAAACUGCUAAAACGCAACCGUAAAGCCUUCUCUUCGCCUGCGUGCCUCAGCACGAAGCCUUACCCAAUGCAAGUUAUUUACAAUGGUUCUAUUUCUUCUGGAAGUUUCGUCAUUGAUCAAGACGAAAACGAUAGGCAUGCCCCAAACGAUGGUGCUGAAUCAGCAGCCACCUUCAGCGACAGCGAGGACAUUUACACAGUUCAGUGUUUCCCAUUAUAUUCCUUACUUCUCGCCGUUGGCAGAACCCAUGUAGACUAUUUUGGUCUAGAUGUUGAGGGUUCAGAACACAAAAUUCUAAAAACCAUUCCAUGGCACAAGGUUUACAUGCAAACAUUAACGGUCGAAUGGAAUCAUACUCCUGAGGGCGAAGCUGCCAUUACUCAACUGAUGGAAGACAAUAAUUUCAUCAAAUUUGGGCUUUUCUCAAUGCCAUAUUCGCGUGAGGUAGUUUACGUUCAGGAUUUUCUCUAUGGAUACAGGAUAUUCGGAGAUCCGGUUGCUUAAACUUGUUUAAGAUGUUGCGUAGCAGUACUGACUUGCAUGUCUAACGUGAAAGCUCUGGAAUUUGAAAAUGGACUAAAAAAUAAUACACAAUAGUUUAUAGACUAAA